AUCCGUUGUGUGUAUGCGUGGUCGUGCCGAGAACAGGCGGCGAAGCAUAUGGUAUUCUGCAAGGUGAGAGAUUCAAAAGACCCUUGGAAAGCCCCUCCCCCCCCUUUCCCCGGCCAGGUGCCAGGGCAAGACCAGGUAGACAUGCAGGCAGGGAGCCCUUUGGGGAAUCUCCGCCAGAAAAGGGACAAGCAACAAGCAAUAACAGCCCGAUCCCCCUGCCCAGCGGCUCGCAAGCAUCACCUGUUGGGAGCCGGCCGCCGCCCCUCACUCCCCUCCCGAGGGAGAGACGGCCAAAGGAGCGGUGAUGGGCCGCUGUGGUGCGAGCGAGCGAGCAACCACCCCUGGGAUUGGGGAAGGAACGGACAUCGAGACGAAACGAAGGGGGCGGGGGCGGAAUGGUGCUCCCUGGCAAAACAAGCGCGCCAACCGGAGCCAGGCCCGACGCCAAAGGCGACUUGUAUUGGCUGGACGAGCUCGGAUCCGAGGGAACAUGACAGAAUGCUGAGGUUUUGACGACACAAUGAUGGAUCCACUGCAGGGUAAGAAGGGCAGGGUUGGUGGUAAUGAGGCGCGGCCCGGGCGGGCGUCCUGGGAGAGGAACCGGGAG